CCCUCUCCCCUAAAAGCCAAGCUCUCCUCUCUCCUCUCUUCGAUUUAUCCAAAGGAAACAAGAUGACAUACGCAUGGAUAUUAUUCCAUUCAGCCAUAAAUAUAUAUAGUCUGAUCUGUCUAUAAUCUGGAAAACUCACCUGCUCCAUCUUAGCUGAUCUAUCCCCACAAAAACGCAGACCCUUUUGGCUUUUGCUGCUCUCACAAUCUCUGUGCUUUCGUUUUGAUCAUCAGGAAUAUUAUGUGCUAAAAUGGGCAUCAUCAAGUACCUCAAUCUCCAGAUGAUACCAUGGUGUUUCCACGUAUUGGGGAGGCAUGCCUCUUGCAUGCAACUCCGGCCAACUGAGUUUGAGCCGCCAGUCGGAGGGACAAUAAAGCUGAUCAAAUCUGAUGGCGUCGUCAAGAUCUACCGCCGUCCUGUCCACGUCUCGGAGCUCAUGUCGGAGUUUCCAAAGCACCUGGUUUGCCGUGCCGAUUCGUUUUACAUCGGCCAGAAGAUUCCUGCUCUUUCGGAGGACGACGAGCUGCAGCCCGGCCACAAGUAUUUCCUGCUUCCUAAUCAUUUCUUCCAAUCUGUACUGUCAUUCGUUACCAUAGCCUCGUUUGCCUCCCGUCAACCCGACUCAUCCCCGGUUUCAUCUUCUUCUCCGAUCUCUAAACACUCGAGGAAUGCGUUUGUAAGAAAAGCAGCAGUUUGUGAACCUUUUCAUAUACAGAAAACUCCAUCUGGAUGUCUGAGAAUACGCGUCUCAGAUGAGUUCAUAUCGCAGCUGUUGGAAGAAGGGAAGAUCCGGGGCGAAGAAGAAGAAAAGAAUACCGAGAGCUCGAGUAAAUCUACGAGUAAUGCCGUAUGCACUACGCCUCGAUUGCAGAAGGAGUACGCACAGCUUGUCGGAUCACGCCAAUGGAAGCCAAAGCUCGAAACGAUAAGGGAGACGGAAAAGAGAAAACUUUCUUCAUUUGGGAUGAAGAGAAGGAAGAAAUCUCAACCGAAAGGGCCUCAAAAGAUCACUCUCAGAUCAGAACAGCAAAUUCAUGUUACUUGCACUAAGCCUCCUUCAAAAGCCAAGAUCAAUAUUAAAUCCAGAAAAUGAUAUAUAUAUAUAUAUAUAUUUGAGGAACGUCUAGCUGCUGCUAGCUAGCCUUCUGUUUUGCAAUUUUUUUUUUUGGUCCUUCUGGGUUUUAAUAAUGAAGUCAUGUGUAAAACGGUGUAAAACUUCAACACGAUCAGAUAGAUACAAUAACUUAGUUGAUUGAA